UCGGGUUGUCGUCGUCCGCCAUAGCCUUGUUGUUCGAGGCAGGAGGCGGAGGCGGAGAGGGGGAGGGGGAAGGGGAGGAGGAGGAGAUCUUCUGAAGACGCGCCACGUGUCAUGGCUCCCCCCGGUGAUGAAGGACCGCCGGAGCGCGACAGCGCGCAGGUCGGCGGAGGUGGAUUAUCGUCCGCUGACCGCGGGAUCUCCUUCCUUUCCAGAUCGUUCGAUCGGGAUCUCAAUCUGAUGUCAUCACGUGGAACAACCAGCAUCCGCAGAUUAGCUAGUGACCUGCGCGACCCCGCGGUCGCGCGUCGGCUGUGGCGGAAGCUUGAGGACGGAAGCAAGGCGCUGACCAGGGUCUCCAGUGCCACGUCAAUCGAUGAGUUCCUCUCUCUCAGCAACCUGAAGCAGAAGAUUGGCCCCCCCUUCCAAGGCCGAUUUCCUCAUCUUAGACGGUCCCGAUCGGUACCAGACAUCGAUUUUGUCUUAUCCUCUGAGGACGUAUGGGGUAAAGCCACGUCAGCCGUGCGAAACCGCAGCUUGGUAGCGCGAGAGGAAUGGGAGAAAAUCAAGAAAAGAUUGCCCACCGAUAGCCGCGCUGUCAUCAAGAGAGUGAAGGAUGGGCUCAAGGAGUGGGAGACGACAGCCGCCGCCAGUCUCAAAGACUUGGAAACGACGGCAGCUGCCACGAAAGCGAAGCCGCAGCACUUUUUUCAGAACGUCAAGAAGAAUUUGAAGUUGCCUGUCUCACAAGCGGAUGGACCAGGUUCAACGAUCGGAGCGGGCAAGCUACUACGAGAUCCUGCGGCUGAGCGGAUGCAUUUGGGCUCCAAUGUACCUCCCCGCGACCUGCCAGAGGUGUUGGAGGGUAUACUCCUACGGUCAGAGCCGUUUCUGAAUCAGCUCGGAGUUAAGAAAGAAGUUUCGGACAAGGUCUGUGACAUGCUACGGAGCUGGAAGAAGAAAGACACCACAAGAGCUUCGCUUGAAGUCGGUCAUGGCAGUUCUGUGAAUGGGGUAGGAACGUGUGCAGUUGUCGAUUCACCAACCACCAUGGCUGCUGAAGAGCUGGAUCGGCGGGCUGGGCAGAUUACAGAGAGCACCGGUUACCCCCGGCGGAAGGCGGGAGUGCACGAAGAGUCUUUCGAUCACAAGAAAUGCGCUCCCGACGGUCGGCGAAAUGUGGCCAUCGUCACAACGGCCAGCCUGCCGUGGAUGACAGGUACAUCCAUCAACCCAUUGCUGCGAGCUGCUUAUCUCGCGAGGUUGGGGAAGAACCGCGUCACACUUGUGGUUCCGUGGUUGUCAAAGAAUGACCAAGAUUUGGUGUACCCGAAGGGUGUCCGGUUUAACUCGCCGGCGGAGCAAGAGGACUAUGUCAGGAACUGGCUUGAAGCGAGGGUCGGAUUCAAAUCGGACUUCAAGAUCUCCUUCUAUCCAGGAAAGUAUUCCACAGAGAAGAGGAGCAUUUUUGCGGUUGGUGACGUGGCUCAGUUCAUUCCUGAUCACGAUGCUGAUGUGGCAGUCCUUGAGGAGCCGGAGCACCUCACUUGGUAUCAUCAUGGGCAGCGCUGGAGCAACAAGUUUCAGAAGGUCGUCGGAAUCAUCCACACAAAUUAUCUAGAGUACGUAAGGCGGGAGAAGAACGGCCGACUUCAAGCUUUCUUCUUGGAGCGCAUCAACAACUAUUGUGUGCGGGCUUUCUGCCACAAGGUGGUGCGGUUGUCAGGUGCGACCCAAGAAAUGCCCAGGUCAGAGAUCUGCAAUGUGCAUGGCGUGUGUCCGAAGUUCUUGGAGGUUGGAGAAAACUUGAAUUCCAAGCGAAGGGAGGGGAGUGAAGCAUUUGACAAAGGCGCGUAUUUCCUGGGAAAGAUGGUGUGGGGCAAAGGGUAUCGGGAACUAGUAGACCUUGUUGCCGAGCAUCGGCAGAGUCUGGAUGGCCUGCGUCUUGAUGUAUUUGGCAGUGGAGAUGAUGCAGAGGAGGUGAAGUCGACAGCAAAGAAGCUGGACCUACCUUUCACAUUCUAUGAUGGAAGAGACCACGCCGAUAACUCCCUUCAUGGGUACAAGGUUUUCAUCAAUCCCAGUAUGAGUGAUGUGGUGUGCACAACCACAGCUGAAGCACUUGCGAUGGGAAAGAUUGUUGUUUGCGCAGAACAUCCUUCAAACGAAUUCUUCGCAUCUUUCCCCAAUUGCUAUACCUACAAGACCCCACAGGAGUUUGUGGAGAAGGUUCAGCUGGCAAUGAAGUCAGAACCCGUGCCUUUGUCCGAAGAGCAUCAACACCUCCUCUCAUGGGAGGCUGCAACUGAGAGGUUCCUUAAGGCUGCAGAGAUUGACGAUGGAACCAGCAAUUCCCCUCUGCCCGUGAAGGAUGCGGACUCGACGCCCACAACUCCGAGCACUUGCAAUUCGAACAAGCGAAGAAAAACACCAAACAGGACGAUGAGGACGAUGGGACUGGCACUGCCAGAUAAGGAGGAGGUUGCGGACUCGGCUUUGGCAUUGGCGCAUUAUGUUUUGUCAGGAUUCGAACCGGCAAGGAUGGUCGCGGGAGCCCUUCCGGGGACGAUGAACUUCAACCCACAGCAGUGCAAAGAGAUGGGACUGCUUCCGCCAGUGGUGCAGACACCGAUGUGUGGUCUAUAAUUUGUGGAGGGCAGGAUUGAGAAAGAUAAGAUCACAGACGAAAUGGUCGUCUUCUUCAUCCCGUCUGGGCCGUUGACGUCAGCAUGAUGCUACGUUUAACUGCUACGCUUGAAUAACACAAGGUUGCUGUAAUACAACAACAAUGGUGCUGAUUCUUCCAAGGGCAUACUCCUGCCGCCAGGACUUUUUCCACUUCUCCGUGGACGUAUUUUUUUUUUUGCGGUCAGGUGCAUCGAGGUCGGGUCUGAAAAGCGGCUGCCAUAUACAUCCGGGCAAGUGCUAGUGUGAGUGUGCCCUGAGUCUUUCUACAGUAGGACUUUUUCCACUUCUCCGUGGACUUAAUUGCGGUCAGGUGCAUCCAGGUCGGGUCGGAAAAGCGGCGGCAAUAUACAUCCAGGCAAGUCCUCCUAAUGUGAGUGUGCCUGAAGUCUUCUGUCACAAGGUGACAUGAGAUGAUGUGUAGCAAAUCUAGACCUUGUUCUGUCCUGUCUGGUGCUGUGGAUGCGAAGUUGUUAGGUGCGGUCGUAUCUGUCAGUCGCAGGCUCAGCGGCCCAUCCUGGACGAGCAACUCUAUUUCCAUCGGACCGAAUACGAAAGGACAUUUUUUCAAGUAAAAGAUUGGUGGGCAGGACGACUGCCACCAUGUCGUUCGUUGCUGCUACCUCAUCGUCAAGCUAUCUAUCUAGUAUCUAAGUAAAAGAUUGGUGGGCAGGACGACUGCCACCAUGUCGUUCGUUGCUGCUACCUCAUCGUCAAGCUAUCUAUCUAGUAUCUAUCUGUCUAUCUAUCUAUACAUCUAUCUAUUUGUGUUCACAGGACUUCUUCAGUGUGCUUUGAGGAUGGUCUAUGUCUAACGCUGCCCCGCAGCAAUGUCGACGCGAGUUCAUAUGGUAGCCUUGAAGGGGAAGCAAGCAACCUGUUGCAUUUGGUAUGUAGCUUGAGGGAGCUGUGCGUGGUCCUACUUGUGUAGUCUUAAGAAUGGGACUUGUUCCUGGAAUGAGACUUGUUAGAUUUGGCACAGCUAGUCUUAUGAGCGGGACUUGUUCUAGGAAUGAGAAUUGUUCCGUUUCGCAAAGCUUCUUCGGGGUUCGGAUUAAUUUCGUCACACGUGGCAGCAGCUUUGAAGGAGGAGAAGCAAACACCUCAUUCUAGUUGACAUGUUUUCAGCCACCGUCUUCACCCGAAUAAAAUGCCCGGUCAUUAUCAUUGCAUCUGGACUGAAAGUUGGGCCAAAUGCAGCUAUAAUUACCGGGCGUUCUAUUCGGGUGAAGACGGUAGUGGUGUACGUGUUCCAGCUGAUGUCCGCCGUUUUAUGGAGCGAGUCUUGUUCCCAGGAUGGGAAUCGUUCCCGUCUGGGGCGGUUUCAGGAGUCAGGAGAGUCACCUUGUUAUGAAUCGUAGCUUUCUUUGAAGGACAAACAAAGUCUGUUCUGUUUUCGGCAUAGCCCCUGAGACACCUUUUCUAUUCUUUCGUAUCGUAUGGUUUCCGGGAGUGGUUUGGGCCUUGUUCCAUUGUAAAGCGGGUACACGGAAUCAAAUGGGCCUUGUUCC